UUCAGGAAGACGAAGAAAUGGCGACGAUACUGGGACCCGAGUCCCCUUGGACGGGAGGAAAGAAAACCACUCGUAAUAGGAAUAUCCUCACCAGAAUACAGCACAGUCAGAUCGCUGGCCACGGCUUCAGCAGAGGGACGCAGCUCUCAGAAGCACUUCUUAAGGAGAGAGAUAAGAGGGCGAAAUGGCAUGGGAUUCCUGUCUUACUCCAAGAACUGUACAAGAGCAGCCACCUUAACUGUGACUUCACCCACACACACAAUGUACUGAAGGAGCUGUCAUCCCUGCUUUCCAUGGAGGCAAUGUCUUUUGUAACGGAGGAAAGGAAGACAGCGCAGGAGUCCACCUUUCCUAACACGUACACCUUUGACCUCUUUGGAGGUGUAGAUUUGUUGGUGGAGCUUUUGAUGAGACCCACUCUCACUACGCUACCAAAACCCAAGAUGAAUGACGAAUUGCUUAAGGACUGCCUCAGUGUGCUAUACAACUGCUGCAUAUGUACGGAAGGGGUCACAAAAAGCCUGGCCACGAGGGAGAAUUUUGUCUUAUUUCUCUUCACACUGAUGACAAAUAAGAAGGUCUUCUUACAAACAGCUACGUUAAUUGAGGAUAUUCUUGGAGUUAAAAAGGAGAUGAUUCAGCUGGAAUGGAUCCCUAACCUGUCAGGACUGGUGCAGAGCUUUGACCAACAGCAGCUUGCCAACUUCUGCCGUAUCCUCUCUGUCACCAUCUCAGAGCCUGAUGUGGGGAACGAUGACAAGCACACCCUCCUGGCUAAAAACGCACAGCAGAAACGCAACACCAGCCCCUCUCAAGCCGAGGUCAACCAAGUCACACUCCUGAAUAUCCCUGGCUUCAUCGAGCGUCUCUGUAAGUUGGCCACACGGAAGGUGUCAGAGGCAACUGGUACAUCAAACUUUCUACAGGAACUAGAGGAAUGGUACACUUGGCUUGACAACACGCUAGUGCUGGAUGCACUCAUGCAGAUAGCAACUGAUGAAGCUGAGCACAGCAGCACAGAAUCAUCUGAUGAGAGUACAUUGGCCACCAUGCCUCUGAGGCAUCGUUUGCCACAGUCCAUGAAGCUCAUCCAUGAGAUCAUGUAUAAGGUGGAAGUCCUUUAUGUGCUGUGUGUCCUGCUCAUGGGUCGACAGCGAAACCAGGUGCACAAAAUGUUGGCUGAGUUUCGUCUGAUUCCUGGCCUCAAUAACCUCUUUGACAAGCUCAUCUGGAGGAAGUUCACUGCCUCUAAUCACGUUGUCCAUGGACAGAAUGAGAACUGCGACUGCAGCCCUGAAAUCUCAUUUAAAAUCCAGUUCUUGAGGCUUCUGCAGAGCUUCAGUGACCACCAUGAGAAUAAGUACCUGCUCCUGAACGCUCAAGAGCUGAAUGAAUUGAGCGCCAUCUCCCUGAAGGCUAACAUCCCUGAGGUGGAGGCCCUGGUAAACACUGACAGGAGUUUAGUGUGUGACGGUAAAAAAGGGCUCCUCACACGUCUCCUCACUGUUAUGAAAAGAGAACCACCAGACUCUUCCUUCAGGUUUUGGCAGGCUAGAGCUGUCGAGAGCUUUCUAAGAGGGGCCACAUCAUAUGCAGACCAGAUGUUUUUGCUGAAGAGAGGUUUGCUGGAGCACAUCCUUUUUUGCAUCAUUGACAGCGGCUGCAAGUCCAGAGAUGUCCUGCAGAGCUAUUUUGACCUGCUUGGAGAGCUUAUGAAGUUCAAUAUUGAUGCCUUUAAGAGAUUCAACAAAUAUGUCAAUACAGAGGAAAAGUUCCAGGUGUUCCUCACGCAGAUCAACAGCUCUCUGGUGGACUCUAACAUGCUCGUCCGCUGUAUUGUCCUCUCUCUGGAUCGCUUUGAGAGUGAGACGGAAGAUGUGAAGGUGGUUGAAGUGCUCUCCGAGUGCUGUCUCCUGUGCUAUAUGGCUCGAGUGGAGAACAGGCUGUCCUUCCUUUUCCGGCUUGUUAACAUCAUCAAUGUGCAGACCCUCACACAGGAAAAUGUGAGUUGUCUAAACACCAGCCUGGUUAUUCUGAUGUUGGCCCGGAGGAGAGGGAAGCUUCCAUUCUACCUGAGCGCGCUGCGGGAGAAGGAAUACGCAGAGAAAUAUCCCGGCUGCCUGCUCAACAACUUCCACAACUUGCUGCGCUUUUGGCAGCACCACUACCUCAACAAGGACAAGGACAGCACCUGCCUGGAGAAUAGCUCCUGUAUUCCCUUCAGUUUCUGGAAGGAGACGGUUUCAGUGCUGCUCGGAGAGGACAGGACUUCUCCCUGUGCCAUUAUCAGCUAUAUAGAUGAGCCUUAUAUGGAGCUAGACAGGGACCUUUUAGAAGAUUGACUUUUUGAUGGGGUGUGGUUAGGACGAAAGAGGGCUGGGAGGGAGGGGCUUGCACGUUCCACUCUGAUUCAGUCAAGAGACAUUAGAAAGAAAAGACCUACCAGCUCAUCCAACUGCAUGCAAUGGCUCAAUGAGCCAUCCAUUCUCUACUUGGUGCCCAUGUUCCGCUUCAUCUCCAGGUCACAGGGUGCAAAGGAUGUCCCGCAGAGGAUAGCCCAUCCCGUCAUAUUCGCAUGGGAACGCAGUUCCUGAACAGCUCAAGCUAAAUCUGAACCUCUGAUCGUAAAUGGUCUUUUUGUAUUUCGGUGGUGUUCUUUCGGUGCAAUUGUAUGGGGCCUUUUAUACAGAAAUAUACAAAGAAAAAAUAUAUAGGCAUAUAAUGCAGCAAAUCUGUUUAAGAGGAGUUUUGAGUUUCAGCAAAAGUGUUGAAAGUGUCUUGGAUCGAAUAGAUCAGAAACUGAUGAUCUAAGUAUCUAUGAACUCCAAAGCCGGCCUUCAAUGUAAAGAGAGUUUCUCUUUAAUUUAGGAUGAAAACGUCAAGAGAGGAAGUGUUGAAUUGAUGAAUGGGGUGAACAGCUCUCCAGCUACACCGAGUGAUGUCAAAAUGUUUGCACAAUAUAGAUGAUGGAAGACAGAAAAUGAUUUUGAUAAGUCUUAUUUAUUUUGUAUUUUUCAUGUAAAUUUGCUCUCAUAAUGACAUUGUAAAACCCAAUACCUUCCAAUGCUUCUCUCCUUGGUUAGAUUUGAUCAAUUACAUGCAAAAUAAGACAUUUUUAGUUAUUGUUUUAAUUGUUUGUAUAAAUUCUUUUUAAUAGUAGGUAUCAUCCCAUUGUUAAUUUCUGACAACACUUAUUAUAUGGGCACUGAAGGGUUUUAACAGAAAUAAUCUAUGCAGGUUCACUCACAACAUGGACAUAAAUAUCUAGCUAGCCUUCAUCUCCAUGCUGCCAUCUGUUAUUUUGGUCGCAAACUAAAUAACCAUCCUCUAACUUA